UCAUGUGAUACGUGUUGCCUUCUGCGUGUCGUCGUCGGCUGGGCAGCAUAAAGUUAGUUGAAAGUUUAUACCUCUGAAGUCUUGUGUUUUUAGACUAAACUCACAAUGGCAGUAACUUCGUUUGCGAUCGCGAUUUCCGUGAUGACUGUGUUCUGGGGUAUUGUUGGAGGAGUAGUGCCUUGGUUUAUCCCCAAAGGACCAAACAGAGGUGUGAUAGUGACGAUGCUGGUGCUAACUGCAGUCUGCUGUUACCUUUUCUGGUUGAUAGCCAUUCUGUCCCAGUUGAACCCGCUGUUUGGGCCUAGCCUGUCCACUGAUGUUAUUUGGUACCUGCGCUAUCACUGGCCUUAAUUUGCCUUCUCUGGGGCUCCCAACCCUUAAGCAGCAGACGACCUUACAGUGCUGCACACCAGUGGAUGUUUGCCAUUGCAGAGAUCAGUUGUCCCCAAUUGCCUUAAAACUCUGAACCCUGUAUGAUUAUUGAGUGGCACUAGUGCCUUGUGUAUAUAAUGACUCCCAAAGGGCUGUGAGAUCUGUGUGGAUGUGCUGUGACCUAAAUUAAAGUAACAUUUCCUUGUUGCAGUUUUGUUUAUAUAUUAUGUACAUUGUGUUCAACAAUAUUGUUAGCAUGAAUAGCAGUUGUUGUGUGAGUGUGUGUGUGUAUGUGUGAAGUUUGUGUCAGCUGGUUCAUCAGAUAAUUAAUAAAUGAAUAAAUAACUCAUUCAUCCAU